UCACGCAGAAAUACUCGUUCAAAAACGCCUCAUCCCUCAUCUACUCGCCCCCACCUCCUUUCCCUUCUACACAAUGGCAGAGGAGCCCAUUCUCGACCCUUUUACUUCGCAACCGCCUUUGACUCGUGCAGCGGCCAAGCGUCUCGCGACCGCUUCUCCCAGCAAACCUUCCUCCGCGCGUUCAGCCAAACGCGUCAGAGAAGGUACUCCAAUUAUUGCUGGUGACGGGUAUUCCACUCCUCGAGCAACCACUGUGACUCCUAUGAAGGGCAUGGAAGAGCUGGGAGAGCCAGCAGAUGAACAGGGCGAGGCAUGUCCUAACGCGCAUCUUACUAUAGGGUCCAUUGACGUUAACACGAGUGAAGCAGAAAGCGUGCUUUUUUCGGAAAAGACAACAGUUCUACAAAAUGAGGAAAUGGAAGGAACGGUGGAGACAGACGGACCUACAAGUCAAAAUCUGUCUGGCGACGUCAGACUACAUGCGCAUAGGGAUGACUCCACCCGAGCAGAACAGGACCUAUUCAUGCCGGAAGCGACGAGUACAUCAACCCAACGAUACACGACCAAGGAUCAUGUCAUUAUGCCCCCUCCUACCGAUGUUCCAUCCCAUAAACGCCGCUCAUCAUCUCUAUACGACCCUUUCACCGCUUCAGCUGCUGAGGGUAGUAAACUCGAUCGCAUGACCGAGGUCCUUGAAAAGCAGAAAAAGCGUUCUUUCACAGAAAUGGAUGUCUCUGAAUUUCCUCUGGAAGCUGAGUGGGAUGAAGAGGAUGAAGCGGAAGAUCCGUAUUCAGACGAAAGCUACCAUUCCGGGGACACGGAGGACUUUGAGAUGGACCACAGGCCUGUAUUGCAGAGAACAGCUGUCAAAAAGGAUAUCAGGGAUUUUACCAACAGUCUGAGUCUGUUAAGAGAUGGAAGCAUCCAUGGGAUUCCUUAUAAAGUGGUUGACCGAUUAGGGGAAGGGACGUUUUCUUCGGUAUACCUCGCCUAUGACUCCUUGCACCACCUUCAUUCAAACGAGUAUUGGCUCGGCCACAAAGAUGGGACCAACCAAACGUCCGAUAAGCGCGCAGUCCGAGUUGCAUUGAAGAAGAUCUUGGUCACAAGUAGCGCAAUCAGAAUAGAAAAUGAGCUGGCUAUCUUAGAAGAGUUGAGGGGCUGUCGCAAUGUCUCGCAACUAAUCACUGCGUUCCGUGAGGAAGAUCAGGUUAUUAUUGUCCUUCCAUAUCAUCAGUGCGACGAUUUUAGGCAUUUCUUCAAACACAUGGACCCGCGUCACAUGAGGUCAUAUAUGCGUGAUCUCUUCCAGUCCCUUAAAGACAUACACCAGAGAGGUGUUAUUCAUCGUGAUGUGAAACCUGCAAACUUCUUGUAUGAUUAUGAGAACGAAACUGGCGUCCUUGUAGAUUUUGGUCUUGCCGAACGCUAUUGCCCACCACAGGAAGCCACAUGCCAACACGCACCCGCCACAUCCACUUCUCUGCAGGGCUUCAAGAUCAAAACACCCGAUACUUCUGUUGUCGAACAAGCUGUGUAUGAUGCGCGCAAACGCUCCAAAUUAGGUGAAGGAAGAGUGGGGUUUCCCCAUGAAGACAAAAGACCCGCGAUUAGGACAAAUAGGGCCGGAACAAGAGGUUUUAGAGCACCUGAAGUGUUGCUAAAGUGUCCGGAUCAGACUGUCGCGGUCGAUGUAUGGUCGGCUGGUAUCAUACUUUUCUCUAUACUGACGCAAAAAUUCCCGGCGUUUAAUUCAAGCGACGAUAUUGAAGCUUUGAUGGAGAUCGCUGCAAUAUUCGGAAAAACAGCCAUGGAGCGGUGUGCCUUAUUGCAUAACCGUACUAUAAUAUCAAAUGUGCCGACACUCGACGACCCCCCUUCUUCUUUGACCGAAUUAAUCCUUACGCUCAAUCCACAUCUUUACACUCCUCACAGCUCUAGUCCUACGCCAGAAGAAGCGAAGAAACACAUCGAAGCCAUUGAUGAUGCUCUUGAUUUGGUCACAAAGCUUCUUCGUUUGGACUGUACCAAGCGGCUUACUGCAGCACAAGCUCUGAGACACCCAUUUGUGGCUGGGAGGGAUGGUGAAUGGGAUGAAUCUGACAACGAGGAAGUUUUGUCGAGCACGCGUGAAAUGGAAUGUUGGUGACCCCGUGGAGAUUCCUUGUAAGGUUUGAAACGGGAGAUAAUAUUUCUCCAUGAUGUCAGUUCUGAGGGAGUGAUCGGAGAGAGAUUAGUCUGAGAAAGGUUUGGGGUUUGAGAAUACUGAAAGAACCCUCCAGCCCACCCAGGUAUAACUAGGUAAAAGAGCCAUUAUUUAUUAGUAUCGGUUUUGUAUUCAUGGCGGAGAUCAACAGCAUUUCGAAGAUAAACCUUUUGGGGAUGCCUGGGCGAUCUAUCAGUUUGUUUCCCUACUCCAUGUUCUAUGAUUCACGAUCAUUAUUACUGUUGAUGUUCCAUUACAAUAAUUAGCAUGUACGUACUCUGUAGUCAUUCACGUUAUCAGCAUGCAUUGUCU